GUCAAAAGUAAAUAGAAAAUAAGAGAUGGGAAAUUAUUUUACGAUGAUUUAACUUUUUAUUCUAAUAUUAAUUAGUGUGCACGUAAUUUUAAUAAUCUUUUACCGUAUAUCUUCAACGUCGAUGUUUUUAUUGUGAUAAAAUGUAUUUACAAGUUUUGAAAAAAAUGAGCGAAUAAACGCAGUUUUUCACCUUUUAUAAUGCACAAUUUGCGUCUAAUCACCGUUUAUUGUACUAAUUUUGUAACUAAUGCACCAGAUAAUUAAAUCCAGUAUAAUUUAGUGUUUAAUGUAAAGUUAGAACUUCAAAUAUUUAGAUAAAUUAACCCUGGGCGUAACCUUUUAACUUUCGGGGUUGAGGCGACGCGAAUAUGAUAAAAUUCGCGUUUUUCUGAAAUAUAGUGUAUUGUGUUGGUGGUAAAAAUGGCUGAAGACGAGGUCCUGUUCGAUGAUGUGUAUGAGCUAUGUGAAAUUAUUGGCAAGGGACCAUUCAGCCUUGUUCGUCGAUGUGUGCACCGGCAAACAGGACAGCAAUUUGCCGUGAAGAUUGUGGACGUAGCUCGUUUUACAGCUAGCCCUGGAUUAAGCACCGCUGACUUAAAACGAGAAGCUACAAUAUGUCACAUGCUCAAACAUCCGCACAUUGUGGAGCUGCUAGAGACUUACAGCUCUGAGGGGAUGCUGUACAUGGUUUUCGAAUAUAUGGAUGGAUCUGAUUUGUGCUUUGAAGUGGUUCGCCGAGCCACAGCUGGAUUUGUCUACAGCGAAGCAGUAGCAUGUCACUACAUGCGUCAGAUCCUGGAGGCACUCCGCUACUGCCACGAGAACGACAUCGUGCACCGCGACGUGCGGCCGCACUGCGUGCUGCUGGCGGGCCGCGACAACUGCGCGCCCGUCAAGCUCGGCGGGUUCGGCGUCGCCGCGCAGCUGCCCACGCCCACCGCGCACCGCGCGCCGCCCGAACUGGUGAUGGACAAUCGGCCUCUAGUGGGUCCUAUGGGCCAAGCAUAUCUGAAAUCAGAUGAGUAUGGUCGUAUUGGUACUCCGCACUACAUGGCGCCCGAAGUGGUUUCGAGUCAACUGUACGGGAAACCAGUGGAUGUGUGGGCAGCUGGAAUUUUACUGCACGUUUUGCUUGUGGGCUAUUUGCCCUUCACUGGGACUAGGGAGCGGCUGUUUGAAGCUAUUUGUCGUGGGAGAUUACGCUUUGAUGCACCUCUUUGGGACGACAUAAGCGAUGCUGCCAAAGAUUUGGUGCAGCGAAUGCUGACGGUCGAUCAUACGCAAAGAAUUAACAUACAAGAAGUUCUAAAUCACCGAUGGAUCAGGGAUCGCGACAAGCAGAACCGCAUCCACCUGUCGGGCACAGUGGAGGAGCUGAAGAAGUUCAACAGCCGGCGGCGCCUGCGCGCGGCGACGCUGGCGGCCGCGGCCGUGGACGACGACGACGACGACGACGCGCCGCGCCGCGCGCUGCUCGUGGAGGAGGCCAACGCCGCGGCUGUUAAUCUUAUAGUAGAAUCGCUAGAUGAUGUAGCGGUUCUUCAAGAUGGACCACCGUUUAUGGACCCGGACCUGUUCCACAGCGUGCUCGAUGAUCUGCAACUACGAUCUUUACUAGAAGUGUACGACCGCAUCGCGUGCACGGUGGUGGUGACGAGCGGGCGCGCGCCGGCGGCGGAGGGCCGCGCCCGCGCGCGCGCCGCGCUCGAGGCGGCCGCGCGCCUGCGCUCGGGCGCCGCGCCCGCCAGCGCCGCCGCCGUCCACGACCUGCGCCGCCUGCUCGCCGCGCCGCACGUCAAGGCCCUAUUACAAGCACACGACGUGGUCGCGCGUGAGGUGUACGGCGAAGAGUCGCUACGUGCUUCCCCGCCUCCUGUCAACGGCAGAGCUCAGCCUCCGACCGAAGAAGAGGAUGACACCGAACCUGAGUUUGAAAACGUGACCAGAGUGCGCCUCGUACAGUUCCAGAAAAACACCGAUGAACCUAUGGGUAUAACGUUGAAGCUAGCAGAUGACGGUCGGUGCAUCGUGGCACGCAUUAUGCACGGUGGCAUGAUUCACAGACAAGCUACAUUGCACGUUGGCGAUGAAAUCAAGGAAAUCAACGGGACGCCCGUCGCUAACCAGUCUGUUGCACAACUUCAAAGGAUGCUGCGAGAGGCUCGCGGCUCAGUAACGUUCAAGAUAGUACCGUCGUAUCGAUCAGCUCCUCCACCUUGUGAGCUAUUCCGGAUAAAGCCUUCGCCCGUGCUAAUAUUUGUAAGAGCUCAAUUCGACUAUGAUCCUCUUGAAGAUGAGCUGAUACCUUGUGCUCAAGCAGGCAUAGCCUUUAACACCGGAGAUAUAUUGCAGAUUAUAAGCAAAGAUGAUGCUCAUUGGUGGCAAGCUAGGAAAGAUGCUUCAGGAGGUUCCGCUGGUCUCAUCCCAAGCCCAGAACUGCAGGAAUGGAGAGCAGCUUGUGCAGCGGCAGAAAGAUCUAACACUGAUCAAGUCAAUUGUUCGAUAUUUGGACGAAAGAAAAAACAAGCUAAGGAUAAAUAUUUGGCGAAACACAAUGCCGUCUUCGAUCAGCUCGAUGUUGUUACUUAUGAAGAAGUUGUUAAGCUUCCCUCUUUCCAACGAAAAACCAUAGUUCUUUUGGGUGCACAUGGAGUUGGUCGUCGUCAUAUCAAGAAUACGCUCAUUGCGCGUCAUCCCGACCAAUAUGCCUAUCCCAUACCACAUACGACUAGACCACCCCGUACUGAUGAAGAAAACGGCAGACAUUACUACUUCGUUACACACGAUGAAAUGAUGGCCGAUAUUGCUGCUAAUGAAUACUUAGAAUAUGGAACUCACGAAGACGCAAUGUACGGAACUAAACUGGAAACCAUCCGUCGUAUCCACUCGGAGCGUCGUAUCGCCAUUCUGGACGUGGAGCCUCAAGCGUUGAAGAUCUUACGCACUGCGGAGUUCGCGCCUUACGUCGUGUUCGUCGCUGCACCAUCUUUGAACAACGUCGCUGAUUACGAUGGGUCUUUGGAAGUUCUGGCUCGGGAGUCCGACCAGCUGCGCCGGACGUACGGCCACUACUUCGACAUGUCCAUCGUCAACAACGACAUCGACGACACGCUCGCCCAGCUGGAGGCCGCGCUCGCGAGGAUGCGUUCCUCGCCGCAGUGGGUUCCCGUGUCUUGGGUGUAUUGACCUACCGACUGCUACCUGUAAGUCACACUGGCGUUCUGAAAUAGACUUUAUUCCGCUAGCCAUACAAUUACGUUUUGAAUGUAUCGACAUGUCGCAUGUUACAUUUUGGAAUUUCAAAUUAAAAUGGUUACCAUUUUAUAGACUUUAUUCCCAUAAUCUUACAUUUUCGUUUUCAAUUUAUCGACAUGUCGUUUGCUUUUAAAUUGUAUUGAAGUGGUUAUAGAGUUACAGCUAUAGAGUUCCAUUCUUAUCCACUUUUCGUUUUCACCUUAACAAAGGCUUAAUCUCACUCUAAUCUCAAUGUCGAUCUAAAUAGACUUUAUGUUCCUGUAAUAAAGUUUCAUUUCCAAUGUAUCGACAUGUCUAUUGUUACACUUUAAAUGUUUCUGUUAUUUUAAUCUGUCGACUGUUACGUUUCUCCUCUCCCUGUCGAUCUGAAAUAGACUUUAAUACCCAAAUAUGUAUGAUACAGAUUAUAAAUUGACAUUUUAACUUCGAUCGUUUGUUGACAUUUUGUCAGUUUCGUUGUUUUGUCAUAUUUCACGACCUUACUUAUAAACGUUGUUUAGCGGAUGAUUAGGUUUUCUGUCUUUCUUUGUUUUCUGUCUUUUUCUUUCGAAUGUCAAAUCAAUAAUGACAGAAAGAGCGAAUUAAGUGUUUUACUAAAUAAAGCCGCUAAGCAAUAAUUUCUCAAAACAAAUUGCAGUAUUUUCAUUUGAAUACCAAAAUAAUAUUUCGACAUGUCGAUUUUCAUUUGUUUUAAGCUAAAAUAGACUUUAUAAUUAUUUAUUAAGGUACAAAUUCAUGUGUAAUAUUUAGUGCCAUAUUUUAUAAUGAUACCGUUGUUUUUUUGUAUAUGUUAAAAUACGUUGCAGAAGAAAAUAAAGUCUAUUUCAUGGAUAGAAAUGACCGAGGGACUAAUAUUUAAAAAUUGAACAUUGAUUAUAAAAAUACAACGAUGUUUUAAAGAAUAAAUAGAGGUGUGAAGUCUUUCGUCACAAGUUAGAAAAUUUUCACACUUUAAAUAAUUGGCACACUGGCACAUUGGCAAAGUCUUUCGAAUUAUUGUAACAAAAAAAUAUAUAUAUCAUUUCAAAAUCCAUUAUAUUGAAAAUAAAGAUUAAGGGUAUGUUUAGUAAAAAAGAGAAUGGGCUUAGAUUAAUACAAAAAGCAUGUUAAAAGACCUAUUUUAUUUGUUACUUAACCAAAAAGUAUUAUAUUUUAUAUAUUUUGUGAAUAAAUAUCGUUAUUAUUUAAUUAUGUUAAUUUAUUGUUCUUAAAUUAUUGUUUGCGUGAAAACAGUUUAGUCUUAAUUUGGUGCAAUACCGCUCAAAACAUUUUUGUGCCAAAUAAUGCUAUCACGAGAAUAUUUCAUCACACCGUUUCAUGAUUUUUAGAACAAUGUACAUAAUUAUACAUUAGUAGGUAAUUUACAAGGAGGGAAUAAUGAAAUAAUACUCUUUAGAGUGUACUGUAGCUCAAAUGUUAACUUCGAUAUUUAAUUGUAAGAUCUAUCCUAUUAUAAGUACCGAUAUGGUUGUCCAACUGAGAUACAAUAUUUAAAAAAAAAACAAACAAAGUCAAUUUACUUUAGACCUUUAUAAUAUCAUGUGACUUUCUUAAUCUCGAAUUAUAAACAAAAGACGAUGUUGCAUAAUAAAUAAAAAAAACUUUAGUAUAAUUAUUAAUUAUUUAUAACGAAUAUAAUGACUUGUACGAAGAAAUAUGAUGUUUAAAUGGCAACAUUGCGUUAUGAUAAUGUUAACUGUGUGAAAAAUAAAAGAAUAUAUAAAUAUAACAUCUAUUGUUUCUUAGUUGGGAAACUUUUUGAUUAUUAUAUCACAGGUUUUUUGAAGUCACAGGGUCGGAAAGAACAUUGUAGUGUAUCGCUAUUGGUUUAACAAUUUAUUUAUUUAUAUUUAAACUGUAAUUUUCCUGAAACUGUAACUGUAAAGGAAACGUAGUUGUUGAUAUCUUUGGAGUAAUAAUCUUUCAUUUUAAAAUAAUAUCGGAUUUUUAAGUAUUUCGUUUUAAGAUUAAAACAUUGAUUGAUUUAUUCCCCUUUCCUCGAUAAUAUUAACUUUAUAAGUAUAUUUAUUAUUUCAAUAAGGCGAUCAACUGAACCGUGUUUUGGGAUUUUUAUAAAAAUUACAAUAUUUUUAAGGCAAUGAUAAUAGUGUUAAAAUUCUUGUUCUAUUAUGGGGACUUUUUAUAAUUCAAUUUAAACUUUUCAUGCAAAAAAAAAAUACAAAAAAAUAUAUAUUAUUUUAAGUUUUUGAUCGCCUUUUUGAAUAUUCAUUCAAUUACUCGCCUUUUGCACAUUUGCAUUCCAGUAAUGAUACUACCUUGUAGCUGAAUUUUACUAUAUAAUUCACUUUCACUAUUGUUAUUUUAAGUAGUUUUAGGGAGUAAGGUCAGAAGAAAAAAUUCUUACAUUUUUGUUUGAAAUUUUAAGUGCGGGUUAUUUUACCUCGUUUGCUCAACGCAGUAAUCCGGCUGCUCAGGUUAUUAAACAAAUAUAAACAAAUAAUAUUUAUUCUUCCUUUUUUAGAUUAUUUAUUUAAUAGUUUUUCUGGUAUUUAUAUAUGCAUUCGAAUACUCGCACUUGAACAUUUCGAUUUGAUUGUUUCGUCUAAAAAAUAUUUAAAAUUUAUUUUGUUUUUGUUACUAAUGUUAUUUUAAAUUAUCACUAUUUAAUCAUGAAUAUUCGUAACAAUUCACUAAUAUUCAAUAAAAUAAUAAUUAACUAUAGCUAUACAGUUACUUUAAAUAUUUGUUAAAAAUAAUGUUUUCAAAUCUUAAAAAGUUUGAUAAUGUAAGGAGUCAGGUAAAAUUUAAUGUAGUUAAAAUUAAUAUAUUAUACAUGAAUUUAUUAAUAGGUGUGUGACGUAAUGGUGUGCGAGUAGCACUGGUUUGACUUUGAAUAGUAUUGCCAUAUUAAAAAAUAAUUUAUUAUACUUUAGAUAUGAAAUUGCGAUUAGUUUAUUGCAUUAUAUUUCUAUUGAACAGACGGUAGAUGAGAAGUAAUCUACGAAUUCCGUCGUUCAUACAUCGCUUAAUCUAAUAUAUAUUAUUAUAUAAUAACAAAUAUAUGAAAUAUGAAGCAAAUUAUAUCUAGCAUAAAGAAAUUUUAUUUACUUAGACAAUUCAUUCCCAAUAUUUGAAAUGUAGGUAUUUAUUUAUUUGAAAAAAAAAGCUAUUUAAUAAAAUAAAUACAAAAAAUACUAUUUAUGAAUAUGUAUGACAUAUAACGUACUUAUUGUUUCUUUUAAACGUUGAAUAGAAAAUAUUAAUUUAAUGCAAAGCAUGUUACAAUGUUAACACACACUUAUCAUAGAUAUAUCGUAUUUAAAAAGGUAUGUGUUUCAUAGAUUUUUAAUUUUAGUAGUCAUAGACUAAUUCGUUGGACUGUAUACCGUCGUAUUAAUGAACACUUUGGUGUCGAUCCUUUUGUACCCAAACUCUUAAACUAAACGAAUCUAACAGGUCUAUAAAAUACUGCUUUCUCCUUUUCCCAUGCGAAGUUAAAAAGGAUAGCAAUUAUGUCAAUCCUGACAAGUCUUAAGUUAAGAGUUUGUGUAUAAGAUUAUCGGUAUAUAUGUCAUUUAUAUGUUUUGUCACUCUCUUACAGAUAUAAUAUUUAAGUAAGGAAGUGUCAUUAACUACCAUGACGCAUAGAAUAAAAGAUGAAAUUCAUUUUUUUCUCUGUUAGUGCUACUCAUAUAUGAAUGAGUGAGAGUUUAUCUAUGUAUGUAAUAGUUAUAAUAUUUAAAUAAGAGUAUUUUCAAAUAUGUAUACAUCACAAAUCUAUCUGUACCUUAAACAUUCCAUCACCGUCUUUUUGGUUAUUUGUUUUUAUUUAUUUAUUGACUUAUCGAGUCACUAGGAAUGAAUAUAAAAUGAAAAUAAUUAUAUUAGAACUGUAAUUGAAUAAUUUUGUUGAUUAUUAAUUAUUGUUUCAUACUUAAGUUUGUGUUUUUUUUAUUAUAAGUUUCAUCAGAAUUAUUAUUAUUGUUAUUUUCCAAUGACAUUUAAAAAAAAUGUAGAGGAAUAUUUGGAAAAAUAUAAGUUAAGGUCUAAACUGAUGUUGAAACGAAAGUAAAAACGGCAAUGAAUCGUACCUAAUAGCUACCUAUUAAUUUUUAAAAUAACAGUAAUGUAAUAUCUACUAAAUUUAAAAUUGUAUUCAAUUGAUAUGAUGAUACAUAAUAAUAUUGUAUUAGUAUCAGAUUCAUACCGAUAAUCUUAAAUUGCAUGCAAAAUUGAAAUGUAUUUAAGGUCGAUGAAAUCUGUAAACUAGAUUUUUUUCCAAUAACAACUAAUGAUGACUGAAAUAAAACCUUAAUAUAACUGUUAAAAAUUGAAUAAAGAGCACAAAAUAUUA